AGGAGCCACCACACGUCAACCAUGAGCUGCGGCAAAGGACAAUAAUUACUUACUCUCUCUCUUUCUCUUUCCCCGCUUCUAUGAAGCCUAAUGGUUGCAGUGUUUGUUUGCGUUUGCAUCCACAACGACGACAUGGUUACUAUUCCGGAGGUGAUGCUGAGCUCGGGAGCGAAGCCCAUGCCACUCAUCGGCCUGGGCACGGCCGUCUACCCCUUCGCCGCAUCCGAGACCAUGCGAGCAGCCAUUCUACGCGCCAUCGAGCUCGGCUAUCGCCACUUCGACACGGCCGCCAUCUACCGGUCCGAGGAGCCGCUCGGCGAGGCCAUCGCCGAGGCCGUCCGAUCCGGGGCCAUCGAGUCCCGCGACGAGCUCUUCAUCACCUCCAAGCUGUGGUGCAGCGACGCGCACGGCCAUCUCGUCCUCCCCGCGCUGCAAAGGACUCUUCGGAACCUUCAGUUGGAUUACCUUGAUUUGUAUCUUAUACACUGGCCUGUGAGCACAAAGCCGGGGAAGUACGAGGUGCCGAUGCCGAAGGAGGACCUCCUGCCGAUCGACUUGAGCUCGGUGUGGAAGGCGAUGGAGCAGUGCCAACGAUUCGGGCUAACGAGGUCGAUAGGCGUCAGCAACUUCUCCACCGAGAAGCUGGAAACAUUGCUCUCCAUUGCCAACAUCCCCCCUGCUGUCAACCAGGUGGAGGUGAACCCGCUUUGGCAGCAGCAGAAGCUGAGAGAGCUUUGCGUGGCUAAGGGGAUUCAAGUGUGUGCUUACUCUCCCCUGGGGGCAAAGGGAACUAUGUGGGGCCAAGACUGGGUCAUGAACUGUGAUGUCAUCAAAGAUAUAGCUGCAGCCAAGGGGAAGACUCUUGCUCAGAUCUGCUUGAGGUGGGUGCAUGAGCAAGGAGACUGUGUGCUGGCAAAGAGCUUCAACGAGAAGAGGAUGCUGGAGAACCUGGACAUCCUGGAUUGGGAGCUGAAUGAAGAAGAGAAGCGCAAAAUCAGCGAGAUUCCACAGCGCAAAGGAUGCCUAGGUUUGGAGUUUGUGUCAGAUGAUGGACCUUACAAAUCUGCUGAAGAGCUUUGGGAUGGUGAGAUCUAAUUGUUUUGCUGGGAAGACGAAUCUUCCUUAGCUGCAUCAUUUCAUGUUGUCAUCAAGCGUAUGCUACGAUUCACUAUCAGAUGUAUGUGCUUUAAUCCGGAGGUAUCAAGUGAUGCUUAAUGUGGCACCAAAAAAACCAUUAAGUUCUUGCAAAAAGGACAUGGAAAAGUUUGCUGUCGUUUGAUUGAGAACAAACAAAAGCUUUUAGAUGA